AUGUCAUUAGGAAAGCGUAAAUUAGUAAGAAAACGACGAAACUUAACACCUAUACCUAUUAUUGAUUUGACAACAGAUGAUGAUAACGAGUUUGCUGAUAUCAUUGAUCAACAUUUAAAAGGUGUUUCAAAAGACUACUUGGAUCAUGGUGACCAGAUAAUCGUGUGUCGAACGUGUAGCGCAAAACUAUGGAAAGCAGAGGCGGAUAGGGGAGAACAGAAGCGAAAUAAACCUAACUAUUUCCUUUGCUGUUCAUACGGUAAAGUUUUGUUACCUGAUUUUAAGCAGCCUCCUGAAAUUUUGAAAGAUCUAUAUGUUGGCGUCAGUGCGAAGAGCAAAUUCUUUUUAAAAAACAUUCGGCGUUAUAAUUCUAUGUUCUCAUUUACAUCUAUGGGAGGAAGGAUUGACAAAACUAUCAACCGUGGAAAUGCACCUUAUGUGUUUCGAUUAAGUGGUCAAAAUUAUCAUACUAUUGGGAGUCUAUUACCUGAAGAUGGAAAUGAGCCAAAAUUCAGCCAGUUGUAUAUAUACGACACAGAUAAUGAAAUAUUUAAUCGACAAAAUGCUGUUGGGGGCUCAAACACUUCUUUUACAAUAACUGAGUCAGCUUUUGAUGUUCAGAUCAUUGAGGAACUUACACUUAUGUUAGACACUAACAACGCUUUGGUUAAAAUUUAUCGACAAGCUAGAAAUUGUUUAAAUGAAAACCCUUACAUCGACUUGAAGCUUUGUCUAAUUGGUAAAAGAUCCAAAGAUGGUAGGACAUAUAACCUUCCUGAAGCUUCUGAAGUUGCUGCAUUAGUUAUUGGAGAUCUGACUCAAGCUGUUGAAAAUCGUGAUAUAGUAGUGAAAAGAAGAUCUGGUCGGAUUGAGCGCAUAAGUGAAUUACAUCCUUCUUAUCUUUCUCUACAAUACCCUCUUCUAUUUCCAUACGGAGAAGAUAUGUACAGGGUUGACAUUCUUCAUAGAGGUCUCAAUCCAGACACGAACAGCAAACGUCCAAUGUGUACUAUGCGUGAGUUCUUUGCUUAUAGAUUACAAGAUCGUGUCGAUAAGUUUUCUUUGAUUCAUAAUGCAAAAAGACUUUUCCAACAAUUUGUUGUUGAUGCUUACACUAUGAUUGAGAGUGAAAGGUUGUUUUACAUACGGCGACAACAAACUCAUUUGAGGUCUGAAACUGUUCAGAAUAUUCAGAAUGCAAGUAAUGCUGGAAAAAAAGAUAUGUCAAAAAUUGGAACACGUAUCUUUAUUCCAUCUUCCUUUACUGGCGGUUCUCGAUAUAUGAUGCAAAAUUACUUAGAUGCAAUGUCUUUGUGCAAAUGGUUUGGGUAUCCAGAUUUUUUCAUCACUAUUACGUGUAAUCCAAAAUGGUCGGAGGUGCAAAGAUUUUUAAAAGAUACGACGAUAAGGCCUGAAGAUAGACCGGACAUUUUGUGUCAAAUUUUCAAGAUAAAACUAGAUUCCAUAACAAAAGAAUUGAAAGAAGGCAAGUUGCUCGGUAGAGUUAAUUCUGUUGUCUAUACUGUUGAGUUUCAAAAACGCGGACUUCCUCAUGCACACAUAUGUGUAUUCAUGCAUUCUAACAGCAAGAUUCUAUCUGUUGACCAACUAGAUCCAAUCAUUUCUGCCGAAAUUCCAGACAUAGCCGAGGAUCCAGAGUUAUAUAAACUUGUGGCAGACUACAUGAUUCAUGGUCCGUGUGGUCCUCUCAAUAUGAAUUGUCCUUGCAUGAUCGAUCGUAAGUGUUCCAAGAAGUUUCCUAAGAAAUUUGUUAACGAAACAUGUUUGGAUAAAAAAGGAUUUCCAGUUUAUCGUAGAAGGGAUUCUGGCCUAUCUGUUGUUAAAUCACUUGUGAACGUAGACAAUAGAUAUGUUGUUCCAUAUAGUAAAGUGUUGUUAAAAAGAUACCAGGCGCAUAUUAACGUUGAAUGGUGCAAUCAAGUUGGUUCUAUCAAAUAUUAG